GACGCUGGCAUGUUGCAAGAUAUGAUAGAAGCUGAUAUGUACAUGAUGAAUGGGUAUAAGGAGAUUAUGUCCGCCUUGGUGUCUAGAGGGACCAGCAAAGACAAGCCAUAAAGAUGAAGCUGGAUGGCCGAAACGUCGUUCGGAGAGACGGGUGAAGAGAGGACGAAUGAUAGACCGUCGGCAGAUUCAGCGCACACGCAACGGGAAAAGACAGAGUUAGAGGCUCGUCCAUCCGAGUGGGAGCAGCGGGCCAAUACCGGCUAGGUGUGUUCAUCGCGGUGCUUGAAGGAGCAGAGGAAGAAAUGAACGAGGUGUUGGUGGGAGAGAGCAAAGGCAGGACCGGGACGCAAAGGAACCGAACGGGACGCUCGUCAUUCGCUGCCCGCGCCACGCGCCGCCGGCUUACCUCAUUCUCUCCCUUUUUAUAUUAAAUCCCUCAUCGCUCCCGCUCUGCCUCCCAUCGCCCCUCGUCCUCGCCCACUUUUUUUGUCCUUCGUCCUUUGGCUCGCUGUCGCGCCCGUUGUCGCCAGUGUCGCCGCUGGCUAUCGCGGUCAUCGACGACACGAUGCCGUCCCAGCCGCGUCCGAUCCUGAAGCGGGCCUCGCACUCGUUCACGCCGUCGAGCCCGACCUCAUCUUACUUCCCAUCUACCGCCCACCCGCCAGAAAACAACCACACCACCAAACAUUCACAUUCCGUCCGCUUUCCUCCCUCGCCCACACUAACGCGCACGUUCUCGGCGUACUCGCCCUCGUCGUACGACCGUUCGCCGAUCGUCGUCCUCCCCAACAGCUGUGCGCUCCCCGCCCGAGGAUGUCCCGGGAGGACGUAUAUACCCGGCGAUGUAUCCCCUCCGCGUGCGGAAAGGGAGGACAGGAGGUCCAGUCCUAGUCCUAGUCUCGUUCCAAGUCCGGAAAAGAGGGGCAAAGCGAUGAAGAGUAAAUCGAAAACGAUGCAUCCCCGCGCUGGCGUCGUUUCGAGCCCCGGCCUUCGACCUAUCGCUCUUCCGGUUCCAUAUUCUUCUUCGCCUCUCGCGUCCACUAUCACCAUCACCUCCUCUGAUACUCUGUCACCGAAUGCGACACCCAUACCCAACUCCACUCCUCUCCACCAGCAACACCAAUACCAACACCAACACCAACACGCCCACGCUCAUACCCCCACCUCAGUCCCAACCCACCUCCCAGACCUCACACCCAGCUCCUCCGCCUCCGAAUCAGACGAAUCAGACGGCUUCGUCUCGCCUCCUCCCCCUCCCUCCUCUUCCUCCCUUAACGCCUCACUAUCCUCGCUCACCCUUUCCGCUCCAAUGCCGAUCCCGAUCAUACCGGAACUAAGCGUCUUCAACGUCGAAGACGAACUCAUAACCACCGCCGCCGACGAGGACGAAGACUUGACGCCGCCCGCGAACAUGUUCACCUCGUUAUCUUUGUCGCCUUCCGCGUAUUCGAACUCGAACUCGAAACCGAAAGACGCAACCGCAACCGUAGAUGAAGUCCCACCGUUCGAUGACGUGGAAGAAGACGAGGCGUAUGAAGAAUAUUAUACCUACGAGGAAGAAACGCGUCGGCGGCGUCGGGAUCGGGAUCGGGAUCGGGACCGCGAUCGCGAUAGGCGGAGACGCAAGAAUGAGCGUAACGGCGGACAUGAUUCGCGGUCUUUAGGUCUGAAUGGGGGUGCGGGGAAGACGGAAGCAGGGGGACAGGGCGGGGAGGACGGCGAGGAGGAGGAGGAAGGGGAGGGGGGCGACGCGGAUGAUGAUAUAGGUGGUAAUGGUAGAAGUCACAAUUCGAAUGUGAGUGUGAAGAAGGGAUCGGGGUCGGGAAGGAGGGUGAGGAGGGGAUCGAAGGGUGGGAGGGGGGAGCAUCAGGGAGAGGGAGAGGAGGAGGGACAUGAGAGGGGGAGGUAUAAGAGUUUUGUGGGGGGUGGGUUGAGGUUUGGAGGGUUUGGAGCGGAGGAGGGGGAGGAUGAUGGGUGUUUGGGAGGGUUUUGAGGCGAUGGUUUUCUUGUCAGGGGUCGCCGAGACGAUGUCGUCUUGAUGUUGUCUUGGUCCCUUCGAUGGCAUCCUCUUGGUCCCUUCGAUGGCAUCCUCUUGGUCCCUUCGAUAGCGUCCUCUUAGUCCGAACUUAACUACCUGCCAUAUCCGUCACAUCUCGUUCCUCUCUCCUCUCCUCUCCUCUCCUCUAUGUUCCUAGGUCGUGCGAAUAUGUUCAAUAGGCUUUCGCCGGACUGGUAUAGACAUACAUAGACUAUGCAUGUUUAUUUGGGUCUUGGCCUGUCGGUAGGUGUGUAGGUGUAAAGCAGGGGUUUGAAGUAACGAAAAUAUCCACGGGUCUAGCAGUAUUUAUGACUUUCUCUUUCUCUUUCUGGCUCUGGCUCUGGCUCGAAACGCGAAACGGUUGCGGUGUUUGUUUGUUUGUUUGUUCGUCUCGCUAUGCUAUGGUACGAUACACUAGCUAUGGUACGAAUAUGGUACGAAUACAAUACAAUACUAAG